UUCCAUUCAUCAGCCUAGGACGUCCAAGGAGCGAAAACCUGCCCACUCCAUCCAUGUGACUCUCAUCUCCCUCUGGGGAGGGGGAUAGCAUAGGGCGGGUCUGGAAAGCUGGGAUACAUCAUUCUGGCCUCCGUACCCCUCCCUUCCUCAGUCCAUUGGGAGGCAGAAGACAGGAAAUGACUGCCAUGAAUGUGGUAUGAUUUUUUACUGAAACAGCAUUUUGUAGCCCAGGCCCCAUGCUGUCCACAGCUGUUUUUCUCUCUGAUACCAGCCAGGUGGCCCCGUCCUUUGUGUUCCCCUCCUCACCCCCUCACAUGACUUCAGCCUUUGGAUUCUCAGCUCCUGGCUGCUUUCCACAUUCCACUGCUCUUUCAGAACCCAGGCAUCCUGGCCUCCAGCUGAAACCGCUGCAUGUGGCUUCCCCCACCCCUGGCCCCGUGACUCAGGCCCUCUGAAGGGACCAGCCCUCUUCUUGGCACUCACUGGGGAGGGGGGCAGGGGAAGGGGGGCCAGGUGGUGACAUCACAGUUGAGGGGUAUAAAAGCUUUGAGCCAAGACAGAAUUGAAAUUGAAGACACUGAGAAAACCUGACUGCGCAGCCUGUGCUCCUGGGGACCUCUUAGGACCCCCGGCCUGCUACUCACUGCAUCAAGGCCUACCCGCUGACCCCAUGCCGGGAAAUCCCCGCCUUCUGUGGCUCCUGGCUGUCACCUUCUCCUUGGUUCCCAGAGCGCAGCCCUUGGCGGGAGACGCGGAAGAAGAGGAGCAAGAUGAGACACCUCUGCCGGCUGUCCCCUGCGACUACGACCGCUGCCGCCACCUGCAGGUGCCCUGCCAGGAGCUGCAGAGGGCCGGCCCGACGACGUGCCUGUGCCCUGGCCUCUCCAGCGCCACACAGCCGCCCGACCCGCCACGCCUGGGGGAAGUGCGCAUGGAGGCUGAGGCGGGCCGCGCCGUGGUGCACUGGUGCGCCCCCUUCUCCCCGGUCCACCAGUACUGGCUGCUGCUUUGGGAAGGCGCCGGGGCUCCGCAGAAGGGGCCUCCCCUCAACUCGACGGUCCGCCGAGCGGAGCUGAAGGGCCUGAAGCCCGGGGUCGCAUACGUCGUCUGCGUGGUGGCCGCCAACGCGGCCGGGGAGAGCAGCGUGCCCGGGGCCGAGGGCCUCGACGGCGCGGGCGGCCCCGCCUUCGGGCCCUGCGGCCGGCUGACUGUGCUGCCGAGGCCACUCACGCUGCUGCAUGGGGCCGUGGGCGUGGGCUCGGCGCUGGCCCUGCUCAGCUGCUCCGCCCUGGUCUGGCACUUCUGCCUGCGCGAGCGCUGGGGCUGCCCCCGCCGAGGCCGCCCAAGCGGCGCGGGACUCUGAGGCCGCCCGGGGGCCUCUCCGGCCAAGCUAAGCCCGGCGCCGCUCCGGGGGAGGUGGCGGCCCCCGACAGACGGCGGGAUGGAAGGCCGGGCGCUGGGCCCCCACUGAGUCGGUUCAGGCCCCAGACUUUCCACUCUGCCCCGAGCUUAGGUUUAGGAGUAGAGAAGGUCAGCAAAUUUUUUCUUAAGGGACCAGAAUAAUUUAGGCUUUGUGGUUCCAGGGGAUAAAAUCGAAGAUAUCAUGUAGUUCUUACACAACCAUGUAACCAUUUAAAAAUGUAAACAUCAUUCUUAGCUCUUGGGCCUUACAAGUCAGGCCCUGGCCAGAUUCGGCCCGUUGGCUACGGUUAGUCUACUUCUGUCGUACAGCCUCAAAAGGGCCCUGCCACUAUGGGUGGCUUCCGUGGGGUUUUGAGAAUAAGCUGCUGCGGUAUGGGAGUUUGGGGCUAGAGACCACUCCUUCUCCUUCUGCCUUUUUGUUUAGAUAGUGAGGAUGCGCACUGAGUUAGAAUCUACCUGUGUCUGAGGCGGGUGGAAAUAAAUGACUGACAUGGGGUGGAGAAGAGAAGGACUGCCCAAGCUGCUGUCUGAGACAAGCUUGCGGUUUUGCUAGUAAAAUUAUAAUAAUAAUAAUACAAUAAUAGCAAAGGAUUCCCCCUCCCGCAUUUGUGUUUAUUGUAUAUUCACUGUAACAACAUUAAAGGAGAUGUAAAAGGAAAA